UGCGCCUGCGCCUGCGCCGUCGUCGCUGUUUUGACAAACAGGAGGGGAUGUGAUGUUAUGUGAUGUCAAUGGAGGACAAGGCCGACGCGCUUUGACGAAAAGCAUGCUGGGCUAUGUUUGUGUCGCUUUUUUAGCACUAGCAGUGUUGCUCAUCCCACGCGAGUGGUCCUUUACGGUGGGAAGUGGGUCAGACCGGGGGCCCCCCUCGCGGCUCCUGAGCCGGCGUGAACUGUCACUGUACGACGGGGAGGAAGGCAGCAGCGGCCUUUACCUCGCUCUACUGGGGCACGUUUUUGAUGUGCUCAAGGGACACAAGCACUACGGACCUGGUGGGGCGUAUCACUUUAUGACAGGCAAAGAUGCCUCUCUGGCCUUCAUCACUGGGGACUUCACGGAACAGGGCCAGACAGAUGACGUGUCCAGUCUGUCCCCACUGCAGGUGAUGGCCCUUUACGACUGGCUGGCCUUCUAUCAGAGGGACUACCAAAGUGUAGGGCUGUUAAUAGGCCGGUUCUAUAGCGAGACCGGGCGGCCCACAGAGGCCCUGUUGCAGGCAGAGGCGUCACUAGCAGAGGGCCGGAGAAUCAAGACCCAGUCUGAGGCUGAGAGGGUGCGCUUCCCAGCCUGCAACUCAGAGUGGAGCGCUGCCAGAGGAGGAAGAGUCUGGUGCUCCACUAAGAGUGGUGGAGUGGACAGAGUCUGGACGGGUGUCCCACGGAAGCUCUUCUCUCCAGGCUCCAGCGGUGUCCGUUGUGUCUGUGUUCAAGGCCCAUCUGCAGCAGAGGAAGACCCCAAUCUGCAGAAAUAUGACGGCUGCCCCUCACAUGCCGAAUCAUGCCCCGUCGAGGAGUUCUAACCUCAGGGCCAGUGGCGGCUGGUCUAAUUUUAUUUUGGUAGGGCCAUCCAAUCAAAUUCCGCAAACAUCCCAGUAUGAUUCAAUGCAAAAAAAGUAUCAAACACGCAUUUCUACAUUGCAGUUAAAUAUUUGUACUUAUUCCAACACUGACAUGACUAAUUAUUCAUACAAUUCAAUAUAUUAAUAUAUAUAUAU